AUGAAUUCUGGUAUCCCCUCUCGUCAAUUGACAAACACAUCCCAAGGCAGCCCCACAAGUUCAAGUAACCGCCCUCUGAAUCCUUCUGAAGUCAAUCUUGACAACCAAUUCUCGAUUUCCACUCAUGCUUAUACUGACACCCCCGGAAGUGAACCCCAGAUGAAGAACAAGUUUAUUCAUGAAUACUUUGGAAACGAUACUGACUACAUGAAUGACUUGGACGACGAAGAUGGCCAAAUGCCUGUGCAACGAAUAGGGUCUGACUUUAGAAAACGACGAAACUGGUCUGAACGCAUUGUUGGUGAUGUUGCAGGACUGCUACACAUCUUGUCGCCGGUGGGGAAAAUACUCUAUUGUUCAGAAUCCUGGAUAGACUUGACCGGCCACUACCCACAUGAGCUGGUUGGGCGGCCACUGACCGAUUUUAUGCAUAUCGACGAUCUGGACGUAUUCAUCAGAGAUUUCAAUUUAGCAUUCCAUCGGCGCAUACAAGUUAAAACGCACUUCCGGCUUAGGAAAAAGGAUGAUACAUACAUCUUACUAGAGUCUAUUGGACAGCUAAAGUAUCUAUCGCCAGAUAAUUCUUCACAAUCAUUUUUUGCAGCCGCACAUCCCUACUCCACCAAGAGCAAUGUCCUGGUCGAUUCGUUCUUGGAACUCAAGAUGGAAAACGAUUGGCUGAGGCAAAGGCUAAGAGAAAUGUCUAUAUAUGAGAAUAAGCCUCCACCUCCACCUCCUCCACCGCCUCCUCAUACUCUAUCCAUGCCCCGGAUUAUGGCCCCUCAGCCGCCGACCUUUGAUCCCUCGGUGGCUAACUCUAUGCCCUCCUACAUGCUGCAAGAAGUACCCGAGAAUAUAACAGAUGAUGCGAUAUUCCAAGAGCCACGGCCAUCCAGUCCAUCCAAACGCACAAGCGAUCCCGAUGAAUUAUCCAAAGUACCCAUAGAAAUCUCCGAUGAAGGACCCAUGGAGUUCCGCAGCCCACCACCUGAACGCAAAGAGAAAUGGAAACGACGCAAAAAGCAAAGAAAUGAAGACGAUUAUGUGUGUACCGAUUGUGGUACAACAGCAUCACCUGAAUGGCGUAAGGGUCCUCAAGGAUCAAAGACACUAUGCAACGCCUGUGGACUUCGAUGGGCCAAAAAGAACAAGAAACAUUUGAAAAUGGACUGAUAUUUUGUGAGAUCCUAGUGAUCCCAAUUCUCUCUUUCUCGGUCUACACACACACAUACACACAUACACACAUACACACAUACACAUACGCACACAAUAUCAAUAACUCCUCGCUGUAUAAUGAUCAUGACCCGAGGUUAAAAAUGUCAUUUAUGUCUCUAUUCUUCUUUUUUUAUAUAUAUUUUUUUUUCUAAAUUACUCAAUGCUUGUCUUUGCCUCACUAUUAUUUUUAUUAUUUUUAUUACUAUUGCCGCCAUUACCACUGUUCUUAUUACUAUUAUUACUAAUAUUACUACCACUACUGCUGUUAUUGUUAUUGUUAUUGUUAUUGUUACUGUUACUGUUACUGUUAUUAUUUGACUUUCAUUUUUUUUCUUAUGUUAAAAAAAAUAGCUUAUAUGUCAAUGUCCGAUUUGAAUGAUGUUGUACCACCCUUUAUAUAAAUAUUUACACUCUUAAUAAUAAUCACUAUUGUUUCUCUCAAAAUAUAUAUUUAAAUAUUUAAAUAUCU